UCAUUGCCAAAUGUUCUGAGGUCGUAAAAAUAUUAAUUGGCAAUUUUCUAGGAAUUUUAAAAAAUUGUUAAAUUGAGUCAUUGGUUAAUGAUGUGUAAUAGUAAAGGAGAAGGAAGGACUAGCAAAUGCAAAGUCAUUUAAAUGGUUUUAAUCAUCGAACUCUUGGAUCGGUUGCCCGAAUAGCACAAGACGCUAGAGUCAGCAAUGGCAUAAGGUGUCAAACGAUAGAACUGUCUUUAAACGUUCUCUAAGCGCCGCAAUGGGCCCACGUUCGCCCCAGCUAAGAAAGUAAGUAAGAAAUCAUUACUAGGUUCUGCUUAGACUUUUUUGUCACUCAAUAUGAUAUUUGACUU